CUCCAUAUGAUGUUACAACAGCAACAACAACGAGAACAAAAUGUUGGGUUUGUAGUCGCCGAGUAUGGAUAAAUAGAAGGUUAACCAGUUGCAAUAUCCAGACUCUAAUUGUGUCUGAGUUAUGCCGACCUCUGGCGGCAGUUGAAGCUCUUCUCUUUGGUUCAGGUGGUAAAAAGAGUUGCCGUUGAUCUCUUAGUGGUGGUGGUGUUAAGGAGCAUUGAAAAACAAGUCAUCUUUGCAAAUCGAUGUCAUCUGGUGGAGGAGGAGGGUGUGAUUUAUAUUAGAAGUUAAACAGUAGUAAAGAGGAGGUGCCGCCCGCGGGACCAUUUUUUAAUUAUUUAUGGGUUUGAGAUGUCUUUUCUCUAUCUUUAAGCCGCACUGUGUGAAUAACUUUAGCUUUCGGGAUCUGCCGAUCAUUACUAAGAUCAUCAUCUCUUCAGAGAUUUUGGUUAAGGAUAUCAUUUAAUCUACGCGCCUAUGGUCUUAAGCACCUAGGUAGUACUAUGAACUUUACAACAGUCAUGAUGAUGUAAUGCUACGAACAGAUUGUGCGUAUCCAUUCGUUGCGAGAGUUGCGGCAAAACGAAUUGGAGUUUGAGUGGACCGAAGCAGGUUUCUGGUCAGCGGUUGGACUCAAUGCCAGCGCGAAAUAAAGUGAUACUCCAAGAACUGACAACCAUUCGAAGGGUUUGUCGAUUUAAACCCGAGUCACUCCGGUCUGAUCUGAGUUUUGCAAGUUUCAUUCAGUGCUUUUUUACUGUGUUUUAAAUGUCUAUUGUGCAUUAGGUAAUGAAUCAUUUCUUUAGACCCCAUAUUACUACUGCGGGGUAAAUCUUAAGUAUGUAUGUAUGUACAUAUGUUAAUGAAUACAUAUAUAAAGUUUAUCUUGCGCUUGAGUGAUUUCGAACAGAAAGAGCGGAUCUGUUUAGCUGAAAUGCCGCAUGACUGUUAUAAAUAUGUAUUGUUGUUGUUCCGGGAGUGCAACCCACUUUUGCGGCGUUGGUGGCGGGUUCGUUGCCUGGGCUAGUUUGCUGCUUUUAACAUUAAAUUUUUUUCUACACUUAUGUUUUAACUGUUGCUUUUGUUGGUAGUACCUACACACACAUGUGAGUAUGUUUGCAACGAUGUUAUUGUUUGUUUAGAUGUUGGGGUUUAGUUUUUGCUGAUCGUCAGACGAUAAUUGUGACAAUUUGUAUUUCAAAACUAGCAUACAAAUACACACACAUACAUAUGUAUGAACAUAAUUUUUAGGAUGCCAUUGGGCAAUUUUCCACUGAUCACUACAGUUGUGUUUUAGAACCUGGAUCGGACGGUCGGAUUUUCUUUUGCUCGAAAGUAAUAAGAAUGCAACGUAAACAAAUUUUAAGAAUUAAAUAAGGACAAUUUAAGUGACUUAAUAGCCAAGGAUAAUAGUGAUAAAAAAAGUUUCAGAGACAAGCCGGAAAUGUAUGCCCACCGACCACAGCAAUGGGUGCUGGUUUGCCUUGCGCUUGUAAGUAACUUGGGUUUGCAAGCGAGUGCGAUGCAAAUACCUCAGGAUGUCGAGAUACUUGAAGGAUACCAAUUUGACGAGUCGCCAGAAUACUACUCUACAGACUCAAAUUAUUAUGAGGCGCGAAGUCUGCUCUCAGGAUUAAAAAAGGCGAUUCGAAACAAACGUUCGACGUUGGAAUAUGACCAGGCCAAGGGCUUGACACUACCAGGAGGCUCACAGGCAAAUAGUCUUCAAGAAUUUACUCAAAAUAUUGGCAGCCAACACAUAAAAGUGAACGAUAAGGAGGAAAAGAAUGAAAUGGAGGCCACAAUGCCACGCGCAGAAAAACAGAUUAUGGACCCCGACUAUGACUACUAUUCGCAACGGCAUAUAUCCGCCUGGAAUGAUGCUUAUGGAUCGCCCGCGCAUGGGAGUGCAUCACGACCACCAGCCGUGGCCGAGGACGUUAUGGCCGAUGCAAGUAACAGCUACGUAUCCCGUGGACGACAAGCGCGCGUUAAUUUUAUAACACAGCCUAAAAAAGAUUCUAACGAUGGGGUUAAGGACUUGACAGAUACCCUAGUACCCAAACCGCCAAAUCCCAAAAUUCAUUAUGAUGUAAAAUAUCCAUCUAUCGCACCGGCAUACAACUACGAAAUGUAUCCUUCACGCUCUUAUGCGCCAUACUUACGUCGUUACGACCGCUUCGACGAACAGUAUUCGCGCUACGAGCCUUACAACUAUGAAGACCACUAUUUAUAUCGUCGUCAUUACGAUCCGUACGACAGUUACAGCCCUCGUAUUCCUCAAUACCCCGAGAUGUACUACAAUUAUCCCGAUCGACGCUACGACAUACCAGAGCCCAGAGAUUAUGGUCCACUUUACAACAAUGAAAUCUACGACAAGACGCCUUAUCCCUCCGGAAUAUAUCCUGCUACUGAUGGCUACACGUCCGCAAAAUAUCCCGAAUACCCGAGAAACCAACGCCGCAUAGUUUACUAUGCGCAUUUGCCGGAAAUCGUGCGCACACCCUACGACUACGCCACACGACACGACCACUACGAUGACAUUUUGAAGGCGAACAAAGCCAUCUCCGGCGCGUACAAGUACGACAAACCCAGCUCGGGAAGUGGAGGCUCCAUCAGCGGCACCGGCGCAAAUACCGACUCGUACGACUACAUGAAGCGCGAUAAGAAGGACCGCGCAACGCCAAAACCUAGCAAGCCCAGCGCCAGUGGCAGACAGUAACUGUGUGUGUGGAACAUAGAGAAAGAAGGCACAAAAACCAAAAUUUUCCGGUGGAAAAUAAAAUGUACUUCAACACACAAAUCUAAGCUUAUACUCCGUUUUUUUUUUACAUAAAAAUGUACGCAUUUACCCGUUUUUAUAAUACUGUACCUAAAUAUGUUUGUAUAGUGCAUUCAUUACGCUAUUUAAAGUGAAUGUUUCAAUAAAAUUUAUGCUUUA